CAAACUUUUUAAAAAUAAUAGAAUUAGAGAUGUUUAAAUUCAUGAUCAAUUUAAUUAAAGGUUAUUAUCAAUUUGUAUUGUAAAUGAUCCCCCAUAAUUUUGAACUGUUCAACCAGGAUUCUUGCAUUAAUGAAUAUUAAUAAGAAUAAGAUAAUUUUGAUGAUGUUGAGCAAUUAUUGCCUAGUAAUUCAUUUCAAAUAUAACCAACCUCAAUGACAAAGUUUGAGACGAUCAAAAUAAAAGAAGAAGACAUCAAUUAUAAGAACUUCCCUAAAAUGAUUGGAAACAAUAUAGUUAAAUGGAUUAAAAAAUAAAAAUAUAGUUCCAAAAAUUAGAUCAUUCCUAAGGGACUAAAAAAAUUGAUAGAAUUAAGAGAUAGGGAAAAAUAAUCCAAAAUAAAAAUAAAAGAUUUAAGAGAUUCAAUAAUAGCUGAGGAAGAAUCUUAAAUUAUAUUUAAAGAAUAUAUAGCUGACCAGCUAUAUCUAGAUUUAAUAUUUAGUAAUAAAGUUGCUGAUCCUUUUUCUUAUAUCCCUGGAAUUAGUAAUUAUUACUCUGCUGCUGAAGAACCAUAAAAAAUGAAAGGAAAUUACAUGAUGAAAAAAGAAUUCAUCAAUUUAUGA